GUCAUUUCUGCGCGACAUGCCGGAUGGAAAGGAGAAAGCGUUGCAUGUUGACAACAUCACCUUAGUGUUUGAGUUAAAGUGGUGAACUAGUGGAGCUUUGUUCACAUUGUUCAUGUAGCUACCAGAUAUUAGCAUUCAGUGGCUAGUAGCGCUAGCCUCCUAGCUUAAUCCGCCUCAGCUAAGCUAACAGCAGCCGGUAGCUAACGGGACUUACCGGUUACCGGAUAUUUAACGGCUACUGCUGGUUUCUGACGGCGGGAUGAGUUAUGGAUACGGAGGAGGAGGCGGGAGGAGAGGCAGGAGAGGAGGUCGAGGCUACAGAGAUGGGAGCAGAGAAAGAUGGGACAGAGGAGGAGGAGGAGCAGGAGGAGCAGGAGGAGGAGGGUCGAGAGGACACAGCUCCGACCUCGACCAGGACCGAGGAGGAGCAGGAGGAGCAGGAGGAGGAGGAGCAGGACAACGGGACCGUCCUCCUCCUCACCUGAAGGGACGGGAGAUCGGCCUGUGGUACGCCAGAUACGGAGCCGUGAGGAGGAAGCAGGCUGACCGCAGAUCGCGGGCGGUGGUCCAGAUGGACGAGGCCAGAGAGCAGCACAUCACCAGGCUGCUCCACUCCGUCCAGCAGGACCAGCCGGGACCAGCGAGGGACGGGAGAGACGCUAAAGCCUCCACGUCUGAGCGCUGGAGGGACAGCCGCCACUGUUACUUUGAUGGCGAUAUGUCUGAAGCGGAUAAGCUGAAGACUGAGUUGAAAUCUGAGGAAGAGGAGGAGGAGGAAGAAGUUCCUCCUGGCCAGAGGAAAGCAACUCACAAAUCACAACGUUACUUCCCUCCAGCAGUUAAAGACGAGCCUCCAGACACCUGGGAUGAUGAAGAUCAGCAGGAGCACGAGGAGAAGGAGAAACUGAGAAGGAAAGACAAGGACCUGGAGUUCUUAUUCCAGGAAGUAGUCAGAGACGGUUCCCUGGAUGAACGCUUGAAGAGAGAUCUGCAGAGCAAGAAAUCAGAUCCCAAGUACAAAGAAAUGCUGAAAUUCAGGGAAAAACUACCAUCCUAUGGGAAAAGAGAGGAGCUGGUGGAACUGAUCAACUCCCACCGCGUCCUGGUGGUCAGCGGAGAAACCGGAUGUGGGAAAACCACUCAGGUCCCCCAGUUCAUCCUGGACGACUACAUCAGCAGAGGCGUGGGCUCCAUGUGCCGCGUGGUCUGCACGCAGCCGCGCCGCAUCAGUGCCAUCUCAGUAGCAGAGCGAGUCGCAGCAGAGCGGGCCGAGAGUGUCGGGAACGGAAACUCUUGUGGUUACCAAAUCCGCCUGCAGAGCCGGUUACCACGGAGACAAGGUUCGGUCCUGUACUGUACAACAGGCAUUAUUCUCCAGUGGCUCCGCUCAGACCCAUUGUUGUCCAGUAUCAGCCACCUGGUGCUGGAUGAGAUCCACGAGAGGAACCUGCAGUCGGAUGUGUUGCUGGUCAUUGUGAAGGACCUCCUCAACCUGCGAGACGACCUGAAGAUCAUCCUGAUGAGCGCCACGCUCAACGCAGAGAAGUUCUCAAAGUACUUUGACAACUGUCCAAUGAUUCACAUCCCUGGCUUGGCGUUCCCAGUGGAGGAGUUCCUCCUGGAGGACAUUGUGGAAAUGACGAGGUACCGUCCCCAGAAUCAGGACCGGCGGCCCUCAUGGAAGAGAGGCUUCUGGCAGGGACGCAACUCCAGACCGGAGAAGGAGGAGAAGGAGGCGGAAUACAAGGAGAGCUGGCCUUGUUACGCUCACACACUGCAGGGCAGAUACUCUGACAACACCAUCGAGGCUCUGGAGAUGUUGGACCACGAUGAGAAGAUCGACCUGGAGCUGAUCCUGGCGCUGAUCCGCCAUAUUGUGCUCAAAGACGAGGAAGGAGCGAUCCUGGUCUUCCUGCCUGGUUGGGACAACAUCAGCUCCCUGAAUGACCUGCUGACGGCUCAGCAGAUGUUCCGAUCAGACCGCUUCGUUAUCAUCCCUCUGCACUCCCUCAUGCCCACCGUUAAUCAGACGCAGGUGUUCAAAAGGCCUCCUCCUGGAGUCAGAAAGAUUGUGAUUGCUACCAAUAUAGCUGAGACCAGCAUCACCAUCGAUGACGUGGUGUUCGUGAUAGACGGAGGCAAGAUUAAGGAGACUAACUUUGACACCAACAACAACAUCAGCACCAUGACAGCAGAGUGGGUUAGCCUGGCCAACGCCAAGCAGAGGAAAGGACGAGCCGGCAGAGUGUGUCCAGGGAAGUGCUACCACCUGUACAACGGCCUGAGGGCCAGCCUGCUGGACGCCUACCAGCUCCCCGAGAUCAUGAGGACGCCGCUGGAGGAGCUCUGCCUGCAGAUCAAGAUAUUGAAACUUGGAGCGAUUGCUGGAUUCCUGGAGAAAGCCCUGGACCCUCCGACUGAGAAGGCCGUCAGCCUCGCCAUCAAGAACCUGGUGGACCUGAACGCUCUGGACCGCUCCGAGGACCUGACGGCGCUGGGCUUCCACCUGGCUCGGCUCCCUGUGGAGCCUCACAUCGGGAAGCUGAUCCUGUUCGGAGCUCUGCUGGGCUGCCUGGACCCCGUCCUCACCAUCGCUGCUUCUCUCAGCUUCAAAGACCCUUUCUUCAUCCCCCUGGGAAAAGAGAAGAUGGCCGACAUGAGGAGGAGGACUCUGUCCAGGAACUCAAAGAGUGACCACCUCACCAUCGUCAACGCCUUCCAGGGCUGGGAGGAAGCCAAGCAGCGUGGCGCCCGGUCCGAGAGGGAGUUCUGCUGGGACAACUUCCUGUCUGCCAGCACGCUGCAGAUGCUGCACAACAUGAAGGGCCAGUUUGCGGAGCAUCUGAUGAACACCGGCUUCGUCAGCAGCCGGGACCCCAAAGACCCCAAAUCCAACGUCAACUCGGACAAUGAGAAAUUAAUCAAAGCAGUGAUUGUAGCUGGAUUAUACCCGAAGGUGGCCACCAUCAGACCGUCUCACAGCAGGAAGAGGCCGGGGGUGAAGGUGUACACCCAGGCAGACGGGAAGGUGUGCAUCCACCCGAAGUCCGUCAAUGCAGAAGAGACGGAGUUCAACUUCACCUGGCUCAUCUACCACCUGAAGAUGAGGACCAGCAGUAUCUUCCUGUACGACUGCACCGAGGUGUCCCCGUUCUCGCUGCUGUUCUUCGGAGGAGACAUCAGCAUCCAGAAGGACGAGGACCAGGAGACCAUCGCCGUGGACCAGUGGAUCGUCUUCAGGUCUCCGGCUCGCAUCGCUCACCUGGUCAAGAGUUUAAAGAAAGAGUUGGAUUCUCUGCUGGAGGAGAAGAUCCGCCACCCGGCUCCAGUGGACUGGCAGAACCGCCAGUCCAAAGACUGCGCUGUCAUCACCGCCAUCAUCGACCUCAUCACCACGCAGGAGAAGCCUGCAGGCAGCGCUCGGGGCCACGGCAGACCGUGGGCGCCCGCCCCAAGAGGACAACACACUCACUUCAAUGACGACGACGAUGAUGACGAAGAUUAGCAGUGGACAGGUUUCUGGGAAGAGAAGAGCCUUGUGAGUGACUGAGCACGUCCUUGGAGGGAGGUUAGUGAGGACGUGAUGACCAGCUGGGUCCUUAAAGGAAGGACGAACCUCACACACAACAAGUUAUGCACUGAAUGACUCCCAUUAUUCUUUCUUUUGUCAUUUUGCAAGGACCAACCUCUGAUCAAAAACACUCAGUAGCUGUUUUGUUUGUACAUUUCUGUCUUGCUCUUGUUUUAAGCAAUAUCACUAAAUCGACUGCGCAAUAAAUAAAAAAAGGAUGUACAGAAAAGAA